AAUGAGCUCCGGCUCCGCUCUUUCCCGAUCCGGGCGUUAUCAGGCUUUACGUUCCGGAAUAGGAGGCUUGGGGACAGAGGCUUUUUCGCCUCUUUCCUUUCCAUAGCUUCCCCGCCUGUGGACCCUAAAAUCUACUGCUGCUACUGCGGUGCUAGACAGUUACUGUCCCAGGUAUACGAUGUGCGCUCUUCCGCUACGAGCUCCUCUUGAGGGACCGAGGUAAUCGCGCUCCGCUGGCAAAGAACUGUGCGUGCGUGUGAGGGGAGGGCACGCCACCAGAGAUUCCCUACUACGCAUGUCUGAAGAAGGGCGCGCAUGUCUGAAGAGGGGCCUACCUGACCGGCGAGGCGUCCCUGGGUGUCCCAUGCGCUUGCGCGCGGUUAGAAUGUCAGUGUUGACAUGUUAAGCCCAUCUCUCACCUGUCCCCACAUUGGUGGUAUGCACCAUCCCUACCGAAUCAUUGGAUUACUUUGGAGAAGUUACUUAACCUGCCUGGCGUUUCGUGCCCUCAGCAUAUCAAAAAAGGAGAACAAAUAUGAUUAUCUGCCAACUACUGUGAAUGUUUCCUCAGAACUGGUAAAGCUUGUUUUCUGUGUGCUUGUGUCGUUCUGGGUUAUAAAGAAAGGUGAGUCUUGAAAUGGCAUUAUGUAUCUGUUAAAAAAAAUCAAAAAAUCAAAAUAUUUUAGAACUGGAAGGAGCAUCUUACGUCAUUUAGUCUAGCCCAUUACUUUUACAUAUGAGGAAGCUAAGCUGCAAACAAGGUACUACAUUAAUAAUAAUAAUAGGCAUUGUUAUUAUUACUUGCAGAGCGGUAUGGCAUUUACAAAUGCUUUAGCCAUUUAUUAUCUGGUUGAAUGCUCACAGCACUUGGGAAGUGUGAUUACCCGUGUUUUGCAGAUGGAGAAACCGGAUGGAUAGGAAGGGGCAGAGCCUGGACUCCACCCAGGCUUCCCAGCAUCCUGCCUGUUACGCUACCUUGUUAAUUGUUCCUAUAAUGGGUCACACAGCAGGACCUUCUAAAUCAUUGUGCUGUCUGACUGACAUGUAGCAUAUUGAAAAUCAGUUCCUGCUUCCUACAGGGGAGGCGGUUUAGUGCACUGGAGUCCAAGAGACUGCUCUAGGGCAGAUUAUUGAACUUCUUUUUAGCUUCACUUUCCUCAGGUAUCAAACAAGGACACCAAACCCUUCCUGAAAUGAUUAGAUAGUAUUUGUAACGUAUUGAGCAUUUUGUGGAAUGUGUAGCUUCCUACCACAACAAACAAAUGGCUGUCCGGUCGAUUCCAACUCAUUACAAACCCCUAUGUGUCAUAGUAGAACUGUGCUCCAUAGAGUUUUCAGUGGCUAUUUUUUGGAAGUAGAUCGUCAGGCCUUUCUUUCAAGGCACCUCUGGGUGAUCUUGAACCUUUAACCUUUCAGUGAGCUGCUGAGCACAUUAAUUGUUUGCACCACCCAGGGACUGGGCUUCACCUCAGUUCCCCAAUUGUUGAGCCUUCACGCUCUCCUGUUGCUUUGAUCUUCCUUCCCACGUGAGGUCCACAGAAUUUAGAGCAUAAAGCUUGUCCAGAAGGAUGUCUUUUCAUGCUCAAGGGUUGCAAUCUGUGCAAAAUUUCCAGUUAGUGGAAUACAUUUCUUAUCCCAUGAAAUUGAUGCAUUGUUUACAGGGUUUAAACUAAAACCACUUUUGUUUUCUAUCUUUUCUUUCUCUCUGCUGCAGUACCUUCCUAAGUUUUUGUAAAUCUGGAGAUGGGACAGUAACUCAUACUAGGAUUAGUAAAAGCUCAUUUUCUCUAGUUCCAUGUAUGUCAGUUCCACUUAGUGUCUCCCUUACCUGUAUCCCCCGCCGGGGGAAAAUCCCAGCAUGAAGACUUGAUAUUUUUUCUACUUAUUAUAACUUGUUGAUCUCCUUCUUGGCCUUCUGCUCUCGGAGCAGUCAGAGAAACCAGAUGUCUAUCCUGAGCCACCAAGAUCAUCAAAGUAGAAACUUGAGAUGUGCUUCCUGGAAGGAAUUCUCCAAUUUUAUGAAGUGGUCCAUUCCUGCCUUUCUUUACUUCCUGGAUAACUUGAUUGUCUUCUAUGUCCUGUCCUAUCUUCAGCCUGCCAUGGCUGUUAUCUUCUCGAAUUUUAGCAUUAUAACAACAGCUCUUCUAUUCAGGAUAGUGCUGAAGCGCCACCUAACCUGGAUACAGUGGGCCUCCCUCCUGAUUCUGUUUUUGUCUAUAGUGGCCCUGACUGCUGGAGCCAAAACCUCACAGCAUAACUUGGCAGGACAUGGAUUUCAUCAUGAUGCCUUCUUCCACCCAUCCAAUUCCUGCCUGCUUUUCAAACAUGAAUGUCCCAGAAAAGACAAUUGCACAGCAAAGGAGUGGGCUUUUGCUGAAGCUAAGUGGAAUGCCACCGCCAGCGUUUUCAGUCACUUCCAUCUUGGCUUGGGCCACGUGCUUAUUAUAGUGCAGUGUUUUCUUUCCUCAAUGGCCAAUAUCUACAGUGAAAAGAUCCUGAAGGAGGGGAAGCAGCUUGCUGAAAGCAUCUUCAUCCAGAACAGCAAACUCUAUUUCUUUGGCGUUCUUUUUAAUGUGCUCACCUUGAGCCUUCAGAGCAGUAACCGCAACCAGAUUAAGAACUGCGGGUUGUUUUUUGGCCACAAUGUGUUUUCAGUAGCCCUUAUUUUUGUCACUGCAUUCCAGGGUCUCUCAGUGGCUUUCAUCUUGAAGUUCCUGGAUAACAUGUUCCAUGUUUUGAUGGCCCAGGUCACCACUGUCAUCAUCACCACAGUGUCCGUCCUAGUGUUUGACUUCAGGCCCUCCCUGGAGUUUUUCUUGGAAGCCCCAUCAGUCCUUCUCUCUAUAUUUAUUUAUAAUGCCAGCAAGCCUCAAGGUCUGGAACACACAUCUAGACAAGAGAGGAUCCGAGAUCUGAGUGGCAGUCUUUGGGAGCGCUCCAGUGGGGAUGGAGAAGAACUGGAAAGGCUUACCAAACCCAAGAGUGAUAAUGAGUCAGAUGAAGAUGCUUUCUAAUUAGUACCCAGACAAUUGGCAGCUCUCACUAACUUAAUAUUCACGUUUGUAAUAUUUAUCUUUUCAUUUUGAUAAACUAACAGUGUUUCUAAAAUACAGCUCUUUGCAUAUAUCUAACCACUUGCUGAACAGCUCCAUCCAAGGCUUAAAGUACCUGAAGACUGAAAAGUCUGAGGGACUGACAAAGGAGUAAUAGAGUGGAGACUGCAGCAGUGGCCCAGUGCUUGAUAAGCCAACAAGGUAUAUUUACAGAUUGUUUUCCUUGUCUUCACAGUUCCAAAAAGCUUGCAGUAAUCACAUUAGCUGUACCCUGUAAAUACACAAAUGGAAGUCAGUCUACCAGACACUGAUAUUUCUGCAGUUCUAGUCUGCAUGCCAGAGUCUUCCCUUUUUUAUAACUACAAACUUCACCUAGGUUGUCCUUUGAAUUUUGAGGCCUUAGAGAUACUCAUUUUGUAACUAAAAAACAACAGGACUCUUUCUUAAAAAUGUAGUUGAAGAACCUAAAUACACCAUAGACUUGGGGGUGAUACUGUCUUUGCUAAAUGUUCUGCUGAAGAAGCAAUUUUUAGGAAUUCAUGGGAAAUUUGAUUUUAUUAUUAUCUUUUAAUGUUUUUCUGCACGAAUAAGCGUCAGUUUAAGUGAAAGUUGUUUCCCAGUCACCAGUUGCCGCUUAUACUUCACAUCACUUGAAGAAGCCGUCUUGUGUGUUUCUCCCAGUUAGUAUAUCACAAAAUCUUGACCUCGUUACUCUUGCAUUGUUGCAUUUUGGAGAAUUAAUAAGUAAUUUGAUUUUAUUAUUUAUUAGUUAGAGCUUGUGACUAUUUUGUGUAUUUGUCAUAUCCUGUUCCCAAAGUUAAGACACUGAGUUUAGAAUCAUCCAGUAAGACUAAUGCUUAAGAAUCCUUGUAAAGGGAUUACUUUGCAAACAAGUAUUGACUUUCAUUGAAAUGUGAAUAGUGUUACUCUAAGAGCCAGUAAAAUAAAGCAUUUUACAGUAAUCAUUUUUCACACUUACCGUGCAUGAUAUUUUUUAAGGUGCUUUUGCAUGCAACACAUGGACUUUAUAAGGCAGAGAAGUCACGUGAUAGAAAACUAAAAAAAACAAGGCAACAGAAGCGACUUGCCCCGUGUCAUGCAGCUGGAUGGUGAUAGAAGUGUAGGCCUUGGCUAGUGGGUCUUUAUGUUGACAGGUACCACACUGUGAAUGGGAACUUUAAGGUGUCAUUGCAGUGCAGCCUGUAUGUAUUUCUUCUCUUCUUUCCCCUCAUUUUCAUGCAAAUGAAUAUAAAAUGAACUUUUUAAAAAAAACCUGUUGCCAUUGAGUCGAUUCUGACUCAUAGG